CGAAAAUGUCAAGGUUGUUGACGAGCAGUUAACAGUUGGAUACGGCAAUACAGACAUGUUUGCACACGAGUGUAUUGGGAUAAUAAUAGUGCCAACGUAUACGAAUAACAAACAUUACUAGUCCAGUCACCGUAUGAAGAAGGAACUAGAAAAGGAAGUAGGUUGAGACUGCGUAAUGGCUGAAGGAGGAAGCAUAAAUGAUGAGAAAGAAUAUCUGAGAAAGCUGCUGCGUAAAGCUGAGGACCACUGCAGUGAAGGCAGUAUUGAUACUGUGUCUACCCUCUAUCGCAACAAGCCGUCAUCCUAUUUCGAUGACAUUCGGCAGAACCACAAUAACAUCAUGGAACCUUAUCUGAAGGACAAUGGCGGAGACCAACGCUGUCCAAUAAAUGGGAGACUGAAGGGUCUUUUCUUUAACGUGACACUUAGGAAUGGACAUCUGCCAGAUAUGUCGCCUUUUGGAGACACGAGAGUGAAAAUGCCACUGAGCGAGGUUUUUGAUGAUUCAGCAAAUCUGUAUUUUGCUGACUUCUACUGCAAGCCCUCACGCAGGCGUGUUCACUACGUCACCUUGGUUCUGACACAUUCAGGAUCACAGGCAGACAGUUUCUGUCAGACACACCUGCUGAAGCUUGAUUCGUACACCAACAUUUAUUUGCGAAAAAAACCAUACUUAUCUGGCACAUACGAGACACUGGACCGUCCUGCAGUUCACGUGGAGGUCAUGUAUACAGAGGCCGUGAACAUGACACACAGGGUUCUCUCCCUUACUAGUACCUUUGGUCAAGGUCACAGCACACGAGGUGGAAUAAGGAAGACUGUGGGCUGCAGCAUAUGCAAUGUUGGGGAUACAUCUUUGAAUGAGAUGCUUCGCAAGCUACUGGCAGCAUUUAGUCGCGAGGGUUCCUUCUAGAAAUACCAAUCGGGUGUUUUGCUUCAUGAUCAGACAAGCGCAUGAACGCCAGAUCAUACACCAAAUUAUCAGCGAUAAUAGCCUGUCAUUAAAUGUAAGACACAAAGCUGAUCUCAUUUUGGUUAAAUGUAAUGUUUAACGAACUCAUCCAUACAACAGGGAUGUGAACUCUGGCUGGAUGCAAUGUUAUUUCUAAUUAUGUCUUAUUGACUCGGCAGCAGUUAUUGAUGCUCAUGUCAUGAAGAAAUGUUUCUUAUGCUUCUGUUAGGCUGCUGUGUUGUAAUAUACAAUAACAUACCAAAUAUGGUAUGAAAUACAUAAUAACAUUCACCUAGUCAAAAGUGACGAGAAACACACAGCUGAUAUUUUGUGUAAAUGGCAAUGGCCACCUGUAAAUUGUAAUAUUUGCUUGCGGCACCAUGGUUGGCAGUCAUACGGUUGUUGCACAUGUUGCCAACAAAUUGCUCUUGUCAUCAGUGACCGACCAUUUGAUUUUCUAAGGGGGCCUGGAAUUUGUUUCUUCUCUAUAAAUUCUUCCAGUCCUACCAUAAUUUUUCUCUCUCACUUUCGGGAAGGUGGGGUUACCCUUGUGUUUAAAGCGUUUACGCGUCUUGCUGAAGGCCCGGGUUCGAAUCCCGCAUGUGUAAAGCCUAUUGGUAGUGUUCCCAGGCGUCUUAUUGCUUGAAUAUUGCUAAAGGCGGUGUUAGACCAUACACACUCGCGCACGCUCAAUUCUAUUUACUUUUACUCUUGACUAACUCCAGAUUGUUACAAAAUGCAUCGUUUUUCAAAAGAAUUGAUAAAAUAAUGCUCCGUAGAAAUAUAAUUAAUUUUUCGCAACCUGUUGUAUGUGUGCAGUGCUUGGACUUAACAUAGUCAUUUCUUGGAAGUCACAGUGAGAAGGGAUUUCAUGGAAAUGAGGUGUCUGCAGGAAAAAGGAUACCUCCUUUUUCCCAAUCAGUAUCAAGCAUUCCACUACUUUCUACUCGUAUUUCAUAUUGUGUGUGGUUUCUGUUUUUAUAUUUACAUUGUGCUUAUGUGCGCCGUGCAUUUGAAAUAAAUUUUUACCCCUUA